AUGGCAGACAUCAAGAUCGAUGGAAAGCUCUUCCAGGAGCGCAUUAAUCAUUUCAUUAAUGCCUGGAAGGCUGAUAAACGCGCUGGUGAUACUGUAUUUAGCGGUGUAUCCUCCAUUCUUAUCAUGAUGGGUAAAGUAGAGGAGAACCCAGAAUUCCAGAAGAAUAAUGCUAUGCACUUCUGGUUAUUAGGCUACGAAUUCCCGACUACCCUCAUGCUCAUCACUACCGACACCCUUUACAUACUUACGACAGCGAAGAAAGCAAAACACCUGGAACAAUUGAAGGGUGGCCGGUUUCCGAUUGAGGUAUUGGUUAGGGGUAAAGAUGUGGGCUGCAAACGAGAAGCAAUUCAUCAAGAUUGCCGAUACCAUCAAUUCCGCAGGAUCGGCCUUCUCACCAAGGAUAGAUCGAAUGGUCCUUUUGUUGACGAGUGGAAAAAGGUCUUUGGCGAUAAAUGUAAAGAUGCUGAAGAAGUCGACAUAUCCGGUGCUUUAUCAACCGCUGCUUUCUCCGUUAAAGAUGAAACAGAAUUGCGCUCUAUGCGAGCAGCAUCUAAAGCCUGUGUCGCGCUGAUGACACCAUUCUUUCUGGACCAGAUGUCGGAUGUCUUGGACCAGGAGAAAAAGGUGAAGCACAGUGCGCUUGCCGAUAAAGUCGAUAGAAAACUCGACGACGAGAAGUGGUGGAAGACAGUUGAGCUUCCCAACAAACAGAGAUUACCUUCAGAUUUCGAUCCCGCGUCAUUGGAUUGGUACUUGGGUCCUGCAGUUCAGAGUGGUGGUAAAUACGACCUAAAGCUUCAGACAGAGCCUACCGGCGACAACCUUCAUCCCGGCGUUAUUAUCGCUGACGCAAGAAAGUACCUACAAGUUUCUCUCUCUGUCCAUAACCUGGUUUUGAAAGAGAUCAAGGAUGGCGUAGUUGCUAAGGACGUUUAUAGCAAAGCUUUGAGCUAUAUCAAGUCUAAGAAGCCCGAGUUAGAGAAACAUUUUCUCAAGAAUGUCGGAGCGGGUAUCGGCAUCGAGAGCAAAGAUCCUACGCUGGUACUUAGCGGUAAAAACUCACGAACCUUAAAGGAUGGAAUGACCUUAUGCAUAACAACCGGUUUCACUGAUGUCGAGAAUCCUUCCCCGAAGGAUAAGCUUAGCAAGACAUACUCCCUGGUCCUUACCGAUACCAUCCGAGUAACAAAUAGCGAUCCGGUUGUAUUUACCGGAGAUGCUCCUACCGAUCUCGAUGCGACCUCGUUUUUUCUUCAAAGAUGA